AUGAACCUCUUCACCACCCUUCUCCUCGCAACCGCGGCCUCCGCCGCCCCUCUCGAGAAGAUCUUCAACCUCGUCACAUCGGGUGCCUCCACCAGCCACAACAAUGGUCUCUACGUGACCACGGAGUCCACCGGACCCUUGAACAGCAACGCCGUGCUGAGCACCAAGGCCAACGCCGCGAGCUUCUACUUCAGCAAUGGAACUGUUCACUAUGAAGCCCCCAAUGGCGCACCCUGGGCCAUGGCUCUUGUCUCCGGUUCCGACUACGAAGAUGCCGUGGAAAUCAGCGUUGAUCCCACAACUGGGAGUGAGGGCUUUAAGAUUGCGAAAAAUGGCAAUUUGUCUGUUGCGCAGCCCAGCUGGGGUGGUUGGUUGGUCUGCACUGGCGAGAGCGACCCGGCUGUGUACUAUGUCAACACCAAGGCGACGAGCGGGGCUUUGAAAGCGGGGUGUGAGAAGGUGCAGCUGAAGGCUGUCACGAAGACCUCUUCUUAUACUUGA